CUUCCCUUGUCGCUAGCCGGCACGGGUGGAGCGGUGAGGCUGGGGCUGUCCGUCGCGGUGCCGUCUCAGCGCUCCGGGGCCCCACCCGCGCAGGCAGCUGGUCAGAGAGCUCUGGCGGGCCUUGUUCGCGGCGGGAUCCCGGCGUGACCUCGGGUUGCGCUGGUCGGGAGCGGCGAGCGGGCGGAUUUAUGUGCCGGGAGUGGGGCCGAGCUGGACGGCAGCGGCGGCUGGCGGGGCCGACGCGGGCACCAUGGGUGUGAUAGGUGUACAGUUGGUGGUUACCAUGGUAAUGGCUAGUGUCAUACAGAAGAUCAUACCUCAUUAUUCUCUUGCUCGUUGGCUUCUCUGUAGUGGCAGCUUACGGUGGUAUCAACAUCCCACUGAAGAAGAACUGCGAAUUCUUGCAGGGAAGCAAAGAGGGAGAAGUAAAAAAGAUAGAAAAUAUAAUGGUCAUAUUGAAAACAAACCCUUAACCAUUCCAAAAGAUAUUGAUCUUCAUCUGGAAACAAAAUCUGUAACAGAAAGGGACACUAUUGCAUUGCAUUACUUUCCGGAAUAUCAGUGGUUGGUGGAUUUCACUGUUGCCGCUACAGUUGUGUAUGUGGUGACAGAAGCCUAUUAUAGCAUUAUGAAGCCCUCACAAGAAAUGAAUAUCAGCAUAGUGUGGUGUCUGCUUGUCUUGGGUUUUGCAGUUAAGGUACUGUUUUCAUUGACUACCCACUAUUUCAAAGUUGAAGAUGGAGGUGAAAGAUCAGUCUGUGUCACCUUUGGUUUUUUCUUCUUUGUGAAAGCCAUGGCAAUACUCAUUGUGACAGAAAACUAUCUAGAGUUUGGAUUGGAAUCAGGAUUCUCGAAUUUCUCAGAAAGUGCUAUGCAGUUUCUUGAAAAACAAGGUUUGGAAUCCCAGGGUCCUGUGUCUAAACUAACCUUCAAAUUGUUCCUGGCUGUUCUGUGUUCACUUAUUGGUGCUUUUUUGACAUUCCCUGGCUUGCGACUGGCUCAAAUGCAUCUGGAUGCUCUGAAUUUAGCAACAGAAAAAAUAACACAAACAUUGCUACAUAUAAACUUCUUGGCACCUUUAUUUAUGGUUCUACUGUGGGUAAAACCAAUCACUAAGGACUACAUUAUGAGCCCACCUUUGGGCAAAGAGAGCAUUCCUUUAAUGUCAGAAGAUACAUUUGAUACCAUCAGAUUGUGGAUUAUAAUCCUGUUGUGUGUUUUACGGUUGGCUAUGAUGCGUCAUCAUUUACAGGCCUAUCUGAAUUUAGCUCAGAAAAGUGUGGAUCAGAUGAAAAAGGAAGUUGGUAGAAUAAGUAUGGUUGAUUUACAGAAAAUGGUGGCUCGGGUAUUCUAUUAUCUCUGUGUAAUUGCACUGCAGUAUGUUGCACCAUUGGUAAUGCUUCUUCACACAACUCUACUCUUGAAAACACUAGGUAAUUAUUCUUGGGGCAUCUACCCAGGAUUGAAUUCUGACACUCCAGUAGAAAACAGUCUGCUUCCCAAUUCUUUUUAUUCUGAGUCUCCACCUGCUGAUGGAAAGAUGAAAGUAACUGUAGUACAAAUAACAAUGGCUCUGGGAAGCCUAAAGAAUAUUUUCACUCCUCUCCUGUUCCGAGGACUCCUGUCUUUCCUCACUUGGUGGAUUGCUGCUUGCCUUUUUUCUACAAGCCUUUUUGGUCUCUUCUAUCACCAGUACCUGACUGUGGCAUGAACAAGUCAACUGACAGAGCAAGUGUGAGGUCAGAUUCUAGAUAAAAGGUAUCCCAGGUACCCAAGAGGAGAUGAAGAGAAAAGUAAAUUAUAUAUGUGAAGAGAAAACAUAUCAUAAUUAUUUUUAAAGACUUCCUUGGUGUUCUCAGGGCGAAUAAUCUUAAAAUGUUUAAAAUUGCAACUGGGUUUGUUAUUUUUGUUACCCAAAUGGUAGGUAACUAAUUCAGUUAUAGUCCUGGGACUGACUGACAUUAUUGUGUUGUAGAUGGUGGUAAGCAUGCUGAAAAGAUGUGACCUCUGAGUAUCUUGGUUUCCAUAAACAGCAAGCCAAACUCAAAAAUUUGUUUUUUAAGCAUCAACAGUCACUGACUGAAGUGCAUUCAAAGGGUACUGGACAUAGUGAUGGUGGCUGCCUAUUGAUUAAGUCUUGAAACUGAGCCAUACAAGUGAAAGGAGAAAGAGGGGAUUUAAAAAAAAAUUCUGUUGGAUAGCUAUGGAUCACUUUUCUCCUUGGAAAAUUAAAAAUCCAACAGGACAAAAGAGAUACUGUAUAUUACAGUAAGGAAAGUUGUAUAAAAUAUAAAUUUAACAGGAGUAGAUAUAUGUACCUGUCAGGUAUUGCUGCCUACAUAUUUUGCAGGAGUGCUUGUACAGUAAGAAGAGAAUUAUAACAAAUAUAUUAUUUCAGUCCCUGCAGUCAUUUUGAAGUAAUGGCCAUCUGUAUUGGUGCUAGUAUUGAUCCACACAUUGCGUCUGGAUCUUUUAAAUUUCUUCUUUUGAGGUAGUAGAUAAAUUCCAUUGAGUUUACAAAAGAAUAGAAACUAAUUAGUGACACCAGUCAAACAUUUCAAAACAAAACAGUUUAAUCCUGCUGAUAGUGUAUGUAUAUGUGUAAUGUACAUAUAUAUUAUAUAUCAAAUAUAUAAUAUAUAUGAAGGUAUGAAAUAUGGAAUCUUUAUUUUAAAUUCCUGAAUGUAUCUUACAGUGCUAUAGGAGAGGGGUUAUAUGUAUUUAAUAAUUUCAAGAUUCCCUUUCGAAAUUAAGCUUUUAAAUUUUUAUAUUUUUUUCUUUUUUUUUCCUUUUUGUUUUUUUUUUUUAGUUCAGUUGAAAGGGCUAUUUGGUUUUUGUGCCUCUUCAGAGGUACUUAUCUAUACUAAAGAACUUAAAAUGUCUUGGAAGAAAAGAUCUGCCUAAACUGUUAAUAUUAAAAUUUCUGUUCUGUCAAAUCAUCAUCUUUUGCCACUUUAAUCUGUGCUAAUUGACCAUAUGAUGAUAAGUAAUAUAUCUUGGCUUCAGAAAUAGAUUUUCUGUAUAAUAAAACAGCUGUGUAAUAAGAAAAAGAGCAAAGUAUUAACUUUACAAUUUUUGCUUAACUGGAUAGAUAGAUUCCAGUCAUAAAAUUAUUUACAGUUUUUCAGAUGUUUUGUGUAUUUGCAAAACAGGAAUGGGGAUUUAUAUGCAGUAGCUUUUUUAAACAGUUAAUAUUAAACUUCACAGAGGUCAGUGGGUUUUUUAGCUAAUACUAGCUGGUUUUAUGUUACUGUUCUUUUUCUCUUGAAUUUGUGUACAGCUUUGACAUAUAAUACGCAUUUAUAAAUGGAAAAGCUUAACUAAUUUUUUAAUAUGUAGCAAACUUACCAUAUGGGAGAACAAACUCAAUGAAUGCAGAAAGUCAAGAUUUUAAGCUGGUGAUAAACUAUCUUGCUGUGUGGAAAGCCUUUAAAGUUAUUUAUUAGUUUAUUAAGUUGCGUUUAUUGGAGAAAGAUUUGUGUACACCAGCCUAGAACCUAUUGCAUGUGUUUGGGACAUCUGAGAACACCUUGCAUGAUGCUACUGGCUUCAUUGCAGUAUUUCAGUGUGACUGGGACUGCAAGCUUUGUCGUUUUCACACCAGCUUUUUGUAACUAAUUGGGACAAAGGCUUAACUGUGAAUUGGCCUAAAGAGUAAUAUUUGACCUCAUAUUCAUUUCAAAUUUCAGUCAUUCCUUGGAAGUAUUUUUCAGAUGAAUAAUUGAAUGACAAAAUAUGAUAGGUCCAAUAAUACUGCACCCACUUUCAUAUUAGUUCAAGAUAUAUGAUUACAAAAAGACACAUCAUUACUAACAGAAUUAGUAAGGCCAGUUUUUAAGUUAGAGUUAGGUGUUCAAUGCCAGUCUUUUGUUCAGAAAAAUAAAACAAUGCAAAACAGUUUGAUUCUGAUAGUGAACUUGCCUGAUGAAGCUCACUGUGUAGGAGAUAAAACCUCUUGUUGAAAUCUGAAGGAGUAAAUUUUGGAUACUUGAGAAUACUUCAAAAUCAGGUUAACUAACAGUUUUUGCUGACAUAGUCAUUCUGAAUGCUUAUAAGCAAAAGUGAACUGUAGUUAUAUAAUAAUGCAUUCUGCAAAAGUAGUAAGGAUCAUGUAGCUGAACUUCACAAAGCUUUUGCUAAGAGCUCAUGCUGACUUACUAUUCAAAUAGGCACCUAGUGUUACAAACAUGAAGAUCAGUGCUUGUAGCCACUGAGCUGUUCCAUUGUUCUACAGACCAUUGUUCUGCCGAAUUGAAUGGGGUCAGCAGUAAGUGGUAGAUGGUCUUUCUUUUGAUCCAUUUAAUCCUGAUGUUAGUCCAGAAGGCUUAUGAAAAACUAAAAUAUGGUAAUAAAAGCCUUUGAAACAUAUAGUGACAGUGAAACCAGAGGGACCAUAUUGCUGAGGUUGUAAACAGUGCUUCUGACAAGUAUGUGAUAUGAUCAAUAAUGUGUUUUAAAGUAGCAACCCUGAUAGUCCUGACUUCCAUUUAUAUUGUGUAAGGUUCAAAGGAAUAUUUGCUUACUUCUGUAGUAAGUUCCUUUGAAACAGCAGCUGGCAAAUGCUUUUUUUUUGUUUGUUUCAUGGAGACCUUUAUCGACACCUGGCGAUGGGGGGAAAGCAUCUUGCAGAAAUGGAAAAGCAAUAAAAUGUGACUGUAAGGUUGGUAGGUGUUACUCAGGUUUCUUAAACAUUUUGUCUUGCUUUUUUCCCACUACUUAAUAAAAAAAUUGUAGAAUGGUUUGGAUUGGAAUGAAUCUGGAAUGGAUCACUUUUCACCAGACCAGGUUGCUCCAAGCCCUAUCAAACAUGUCCUUGAACACCUCUAGAGAUGGGCAGCCAUAGCUUCUCUGGGUAACCUUAUCUAGUGCCUCACCACCUUCACAGGGAAGAGUCUCCAUCUAACACCUAAUCUAAAUCUCCCCUCUUCUAGUUUAGAAGUGUUCCCCCUCGUCCUGUAACUCCCUGCCUGUGCAAAAAGUUAUUCUCCCUCUUUUUUUUUUUAAGCCCCCUUUAAUUACUGGGAGGCCACAGUGAGAUUUCCCUUAGUUUCUGAGAGAUUUUAGAAGGAAAUGUUCCUUUGGCAAAGAAUCCAUGUCUGUUUCUUUCUUCUUAAAUUCAGAUCUCACUUCCUCUCUUAGUGAUGUGACUUCCAUUGCUGAUCGACAGUGCUGUCCCUAUGUUCCCUUCUCAGAACUAAGUAGGCUAAAUUAGUUCAAGAUUGUAUUUUGACUUCUGUUUAGUUAAAAUUUAUCUAUUUUUGAAGGAUUCGUUCCUUUAAAUAGUUCAAAUAACUUAAAAUUCCAUCUGAAACAUGAACAAACUUGUUAACAUUUGUUUAAACUCUACACUUUUGUUAUGUGGGUCCCUUUAGACAAAGGGUUUAGACAGUAAAAAAUCCAAGUCUUCCACCAGAUUCAGGGAGGUCCAAACAUAAUGUUUGGGCUAUUUCUGAGCUAAGAGAAGUUGAUUACAAACAGGAGAAUAGGUUAAAGAAAGCCUGUUCUUACACUUUGUAGGUGACAUUCUCAGGCAGCACUUGACCUCUUUUAAUUCCUUCUCAAGCUACAGGUUAUGCCAGUUUUUGGGUUUUCUUAGCUGUGCAGUCUUUCCCUCUUCUAGAAUUUGCUUGCAUAAAGAAUCCACAGAUUAAAUAGUAGCAUCAGUACAAGGGAACAUCCUUGUACAGAAGAUACUUACAGAAAAUUAAUUUCUGUUGCAGUUGUUCUAAUUUGGAUCACAAGUACUGUAAGGUGUUUAAACAGAGAUACGUUCUUCCCGAGAUUGUAAAGUCAAAUUUGUCUUAAGAACAAAAAUGCUACCAAGACAUCAACACAGCAUUUAGGCAGCAUAACCUCACUCUGUGGAGGGGUUAGCAAGUAUGGAAAUUUCAGCUAACUUCCAAGGAACAAUUCAAAGAGCUGUGCUUCGUUGCAGUAACUACACCUAAGUGGUAAUAGGCUUUUGGACUAUAUCAAAUAGAAAAUUGAGCACAUCUGAUCUUAAAGCUGUUGGAAGGUUCUCCAAGGUAAAAGGCCCUUAUGUCUCUUUGUUCUCAAAUAGCUAUGCUUUUCACAGAGACAAUUUUGAUCAGUUUUUAAAUACCAUGCUUCAUGAUUUUUCUCACUACACAUUUUGCACAUUAAUUUGUUCGACACAGCCCCUCUACACCCAGACUUAACCCCACAGUUAAUGUUUUCACUAGAUUCCUAGAUACUUUAACUAAAAGUUUAAGAAUUGAGUGCCCAGACAAAAUGGAGACAUUGAACAAGAAUGAGGCCAAGGAAUACUGUGUGUUUUCUUGGAGGACUCUGUUAAGCCUGAGCAAAAUCUUAAUGGAGGAAGACAACAGCAGGUUACUCAUAUCUUAAAUCAAAUAUUAAAUGUGAAUUAUGAGUAUGACUGUUAUUUUUAGCAUCUGCAGCCUAAAUCCCAAGUGGUAAAUAAAGAGCAAUAUUUUGACCUCGUAGAUACCUACUCUAAAGAGCAUCUAGGCUACAGAUGCUUAGAAGCCAGAUGUCUGAUCUCACUGAACACGCUGAUUCAGAUUGGUAUCUGUGCUUCAGAGUGAUUUUUGUGCAACUCCUUCUUUAGCAAGGCCUGCCAUGCUGUGUGACCUGUGCAGCACAUACAGUCAUGUGCUGUAUGAUGUAGAUGGCGUGUCUCAUUUGCAUUCCUGACUACUAGACUGAAAGGUCUUUCUCCUCUAGGUGAGAUCAUGAAGCCAACAUGUCAUUUCCAGGCUGCUUUUACUGACAUCUGUAUAUGCUGCACUUAACUUUUUCCAGUCUCUCACUGUGGACUGCCAGGAGGGUAAUAUUGCACUGGAUGUUGUUUUGCAUGCCGGUGUGUAUGUAUUUUUAUACCUUUGAUUUCAAUGAUGUUUUUAAUGGAAAUUAUUUUUAAUCCUAAUACUAUGGCUCAUAUUUUCAUUUUUUAAAAUUAAUAUUGGUGCCUGCAAUUAGAAGUCAAAAACUUCUACACUAAUUUUUUUUAAAGCUUAAUGUUUAGGCUGAAGUAUUAGCAGGUGUGCAGUUUCAUAGCAAAGUCCAAAAUCCACCUGUAAAUACCAGAUUUUUUCCAUGUGAUUACACAUCAGUCAAGAGCCCUUAGAAUCUGUGCUUGCAGCAUUUUUUCUCAACAACAUACUAUCCAAAUGGCCCUGCUAUCUAUAAAAUACACGUCUCAAAAGAGCUUUGAAUAGGUUUUUACAAACUCCUUAGUAGUAAGUCAUUUUUUUAUUGUGCUGCAAUAUAUUUUUUAAAACCUGGCUGAAAUUCCUUAAAGUCAGACUUAUUCUCUCUUCCUCUGUUCAUGAUAACUUUGCCUCCCGUAUGUGUUCUAAGCUUCCAGAAUACAUAUUCACAGUAUUUUUCAUAAAAACAUAGGACGAAGAAAAAGGCACCAAAAAUUAUAUUUCGUAACUGCAGUUCAUACCCAUGUCAUGAUGUGCCAACAGUUUUUAUUUUUCCUAUCUUUGGUCAUUCCUUUGUUCUAUUGUUAACAGUAUGUAAGGCUUUCUAGGAGGAAUGUACAUGGAAAAAAAUUCUGUAAUAGAAGUUACAGAAAGCUGUCUGAUGUUUCAGACUUCCCAUUUAUGUGAGCAAAUAUUAAUGCAAAUAUGCUAUUAAAUAAUUUCAGCCUAUCUUUUCUCAUAAGGUGGACUUGUUACACAUUGCACAGGGCACAUCUUCCAAGUUGUAAAUAUUUUACUUUAAAUCUUCUACUUGUCUCAUUGUUGCUGGGAACACACAAACUCAAUGUUGUUCUUCAGUUAAUAGUCUUUUUUAUUUUUGUCUUUAAGUGAAAAGCACAUAAUACUUUCUACUAUAGAAUAAGACCUAAGACAAAAAGUUCCCCCUACCUUCAUUUCAUUAUUUGCCAAAUGGAAAAGACUCUGGUGUUAUAUGUGUAAAUUUUAGCUUCCUAUUACUGCUACAAUACUGUUAAAAUAUGAUUUUUAUAGUUACAGCUUUACAAGUACUAAGACUCUCAUGCUUCACAAUGAGGAUGGUGUCAAAUGGUAUUUACAUUAUAUGGAUCUGGUGUUGCAUUAUCUGCUGUUUAAAACAAAUUGGCUCCUAUGCUUUUAAAUGUUCAUCAGGAUCUGUGAUCAGAAGAGCAUAGCACAAGUUGAAAAAUCUCACUUGGGGUGUUGUUUUGGUUAUGUUGGGUUUUAUUUCGUGGUGUGGAUAAUACUUGGGUACAACUACUACAGCUAAUAAACAACCUCCAAUAAUAUUCUUUUUGUACACUGUAAAGUGCAUAAUCGUGGGUGAUUCUUGUAGCCCUUGAAAUAGGAUUUGCUAUGAAAUUAUUUUGUUCAUCCAGUUUUUGGCUAUCCAUGUGUGGUUUGUGCUAUUACAUAUUGGAAACAAAUAAGAUUUUGAAGAAAUCUUUUCCAUUCCUUUUACUUAAAUGGUAAUCUAACAAUUUUGUCCAUAUCUGACUGAUAAUUGAACACCCCCACUUUAAAUUAACACUCCUCCCUCUGCCACCUGCCACCUCUGCAUUGUUUUCUUUUGACUGAGGGCAAGUAUUUACAAGAUUUGUAAUGAUUUCACUUACAAAGUUCUGUAGUGACACCUGGGUGUUAAUUAUACCCCAGGCACAUGGGUGAUUUCAGUCAGGUAAGUAGUUUUGCUUGGGCUCAGGAAGGCAACACUGAAGGUUGCUGAAUCUGUAUGGAUUUGGAGCACAAAGAGUAGCAAUUGUGAUACCUCUGAGACUAAGCUUCCAAAAGUUGAACCUUGUAGAAUUUUGUAGAAUUCUGUUAUUCAGUGGUGAAACAACCAUUACUCUAAAACUGCUUGUCCACCUUCAGGAAUGCAAGAGCUAAAGGUAGAACCUGACUGGUUCAGCAAGGGGGUUAAAAAAAGUGAGGAAUCAACAGGCCCCUUCUCCCGAGUUAAUUAUACAUUCUGCAUGUGAAGUGUUUGUAAGUUGAGAUGGUGUUGCUGAUUCAAAUCUACCAAAGGAAGCCUUCUUCUGAGGAAGGCUUGUCACAGCAUGUUGAGCUUUUAGCUCUAAAAAGUGGCUAUAGAAAUCCGUACUGUAAAUAGUACACUCUUUGGGAAAACCUGGUACAGUAAGCUUGCUAAAUAUUUCCUUACACUAUUUGUAAGAAGCUACAUUACAUUUGUUACUGUAGAACAUUUAAGAAGCUAGUUUUGCCUUGCUUAUUUUAUAUUAAUGUGAAAAUAAUAAGAAUUGGUUUGUCAUUUAAAUGCCUAAAUUUCUUUAACAACAGUAAAUUUCACAAAACUGAAGCAAGGUUAUACUUUCCUAUUCCCUAUUCAUUUCGUUGAAAUGUUAACUCCACUUUUAUAAUGCACACAUUAAAAUGAAAUUUAUGUCUUUUAGUUGCUCAUUGUAAUACCACAGCAAAUAUAAGAGAAACUGUGAUACCUGCUGUUUAUCAAAUGGCUUCAUCAAUUUGUUUGCCUUUGUAAAGCAUUAACCCAUGUUGGACAUAUAAUGUCUACUGCAGUAAUGUUCCUGUGGUAUUUUAGUAUCCUUACAUGUACUCUGCAUGCCUUGCACUUGUGCACUGUAAAGAAUUUUAAAAAAAACAACUCAUUAUUUUAUAUAGGUUUUCCCAUAUCCAAGAUAAGACAAUUUCUAAAGCCAAAGAUCAAUAAAUGUUUAUUGUCUACCA